UCUGAUAAUCAGAUAUUACAUCAGUCGUUUCUUAGCAGUUUAUAAUCAAUACAAGAUUAUUUUUUCUUUUUGAAAUUUUAUAUUAGAAGACGUUAAAAUACGUUUUAUCAUUUAAUUAUGAACUCAACUAGUCGGCCAUAUUCUGACGGUGAAAAUGAUGAUUCCGAUUCCAAUUUUGACCUUAUUUGCUUCAUAUGUCAUAAACCUUACCGCAAUCCCCGACUAUUCCCAUGCAACCAUUACUACUGCAGCUCUCCUCGAAAGUGUAUUGCCCACUUGAUCAAGAACAGAGGAAGUUUGCCUGUUGAGUGUCCUAGAUGCGGCCAAUCCAGUCCUUACACAACAGAAGAAGAUUUUAUUCUUUAUGAAGAAAUGGAAAUGACCAGGAAUUCCCAGUCAAAAGACGGGGAAGAGGCAUCCGAGGCAUCAAAUGACGAAGCCAGCACUUCGCAGUCUCAAAAAAAACAAGAGGAUAUUUUGAACAACCCACAGAGCGCCAGUUUCUCAAGGUCACAAUCUGGUUCAAGUAAGAUGUGCCAAACUCAUAACGCAGUGAAGACGCACUUCUGUGCAAAAUGUCGCACUGCAAUUUGCUGGAAAGAUUGGACAGACGGAGAGACUCACGAAAACCACGGACAGCCGCUGGAAAUAGACGACGCUAUAAACAGAUACAAACAGGCCAGAACCAAGCUGGACGAGACUUCUAAUGCUCUGAAUGCUUCGGUUGAAUUUGUGAUGGAAACUACCGAGAAAAUGGCCGUCAUGCAUCAGAGGAUUAAAAACAUGGGCAACAAGCAGGAUGACGUGGUGUCGGGACUGUUCCAGAAGGAGCUGCCGCAAACCAUCGAAUCUUUCGAAGAAGAAGUGAGAGUAACCAUGCGAGACUUCGAGAUUCUCAAGAGAGAUAUUCUUCAAAACAUUGACCUGAAAAUGAACGAAACUCAAGCGAAGUUCAGAAAUGCCGACAGAGAUGUCCAGAAACUCUAACGUUUGAUUCCAUCUCAGACGUCAUCGGACCACAUCAAAACUAAUCUCAUCUACUUAAAUCUGAAUCACCGAAAAUUAGAUGAAUGUAUAAUUUUGCGUCGACAAACUCUAUAGAAAAAAAAACCACUGAACUUGGAAGAAAAAUUCAGUCUACUAACAGAUUCAAAUCAUUUAAAAACUAAACAUUCAUUAAACAUUAGAAUAAUUAAAAAUAUAAUUAUUAUAAUAUAUUAUAAUGGCUUUAAGCAUUAUAUUAAUAAUUAAUAUACAAAGUUAAAUAUUAGUUUCGUUAAAGAGCCUUGAAAGAUGGAACAUCUUCCAGAUACUUUUAGCGUUUAUUAAUUAAUAAUUUUAAAGCGCAGAGCAUCUCGAUUUGAUUAUG